AAUAAUAUUCAUGCGCGCGCGGUGUACACAAACCCACCAGCGCGCAUGUAUCUGCGCGCUACGGGCUGGCGUCUUUCCCUGGCGAUGACGUCACCCGACAUCAGCGCGCCCGUUUUAGACCCUGACACACUUUUUUCUCUUUCCUUCUUUCGCGGUGCGUGUGUUGUCGCUUCGUCCCUCUCUUCCUCCCUCCGGCGUAUUUUUGAGGGGACGCGCCAAACGAUUUUGCGCUCUCUCCCCUUCGUUUGUUGGUGCGGACGUUUGGCAGCCUUGUUUGAAACCGACGCAGCUUUCCAGCGAAGGAACCAGCUGCCUUGCCCUUGCCUUAGUCGCAGUCCGAACCGGCAGGCGGCGACUAUCGCUCCGUGUUGUGGACAUAUUCAGCCAUGCCGAAGGUGAAGUCUGAGAAGCGCAGCGAGGCACACGCAGCCGAAGGCGACGCGGGCAAGAGGGGCUCCGGCUGGUCGGGCGGUCAGCUGUUCGGCAGCGAGACCACGGAGACCACCUUCCAAGGGGCGGGCUUCAAGGACAAGGACAAGGCGCUGGAGACCAUCCGGCUGCUGGAGGGCCGCGACGUGUCCUUCCAGUUCCAGAUCAUCAACUCCAUGUACCACCGGGCCAAGGUCAUCCUCAAGAGGACCAAGGACGCCGAGAAGGUAAAGAACCUCACUGAAGCUGUGGAAACGUUUGACGCGUGGCUGAACGACUACCGAGCGCACAGCAGGGCAAAGGAAAACUUCCCCUACCUGCCGCUGGACGUGGUUGAAGGGUACGACAAGUUGGCAGAGCGCUACGGCAUCAAGCAGCCCGAGAACGGGACACCGAGUUUCCUGCAGGUGUACAGGAGCGCGGAGGGCGACCUGAAGAAGCUGCGAGUGCUCAAGGUGGACAAGGACGACGACGCGAGCGUGACGUGGGACGUGCACCGCAACCGGAACCUCAAGCACGUGUCGGAGCGCAUCCGGGCGGAGCACCUGCCGCUGUACGAGACGGACCUGCAGUACCGCGGCCUGCCCAGCCGGGAGCAUGUGGAGAUGGUCAUGUGGGGCUACAGCCCGGAGCCCACCAAGGUCAAGAAGGUGAUGGCCCAGGUGGACGAAAAGCUGGGCGCCCCCGAGACGGUCGCGGCGCCCGUCACGGACGCCGACGUGGCCAGCGAGAACGGCGACGACGGCAAUCCCGAGUAGCCCUGCUCGCUUCACUGUACCUGUCGCCGUGGACAAUUUUUUUUUUUUGUGAUACCUGUCAGGCUUUUGUGAGUUUCCUCACAAAACUUCAAAUUGGCCAGUCACAUGCGCGUUGCUAUAUUGUCCGGACACAGUCAAAUCUCUUUAACAAGUCUUCUUCACUUCAGGAACUGUAAGGUAUACAUUUAAUCUUACUACUUUCUUCAUUCACUGUGGAAAAAAGUUCAGCUUAUUGCAUCAAAUAAACUAUUUAAAAAAAAAAUGAUUUAUUUUCUAACAUUUCAUUGAAGUUAAAAGGAUAAUUUAAAAAAAAAACUAGAAAAUUUAACCUUUUUUAAUUAUCAAUUGGUCAAUAUAAAGUUUUUGUAUUUAAGGGGGAAAAGUAGUAGCUCUGAAUGUUUAAGACUAAUUAAUUAUACAAUGGGUAGUAUUUAAUUUAAAUUAACAAUGUUAACCAUCAGAUUAUUUUGUAAAUAGUAGUGUAGUUAUUCCUGAAAGAUGACUAAAGAUCUGAAGCAUUAUUUUGUUGAAAAGUUUUUCCUGUAUACGAGAUUUUAAUCAAAGCAAUUAUUUUGUAUAUAUUGUGAAAUUUGCUGUUUUAAAGCAAAUGUGUAAAUAAAAUACUUGUAAAAAUUA